UAAAAACCAGCUUAAAUCACCGAAGAUAAGGCAGAUAACACGCUGGUCUACUCACAAAUUUCAAUUUAAGUGUAUGUACGUGUAUUCAAGUAGCACAUAAAUUUCACCAUGGAAAGUCAUAGUGAUGAUAGUGUCAGCAGUAGUGAUCAAUUUGGCACCAGAAAGGAACCGAAGGAACCCCUACAAAUUUACUGGAAUGUACCCUCUUUCCAAUGUGAUCCUUUUAAGCUGGACUUUACCACCCUACUGAAUAAGUACAAUAUUAUACAUAAUGAAGACGUGAGAUUUAGAGGUGAUACAAUUACUAUUUUGUAUGAUCCUGGCGAUUUUCCUGCUCUAUUAAAGAAGGAGAAUGGUGAUUUUUUUUUUAGAAACGGUGGGGUACCGCAAGAGGGCAACCUGACCUGCCAUUUAGAAGUUUUAGAACAGACUAUUGUAGAACUAAUUCCUAACGAAGACUAUUCAGGUCUAGCAAUCAUAGACUUCGAAAGUUGGAGGCCAAUAUUUAGGCAACAUUGGGGUAAUAUAGAGCAAUAUAAGCAUGUUUCUGUAGAUAUUGAGCGAGAGAAGUAUCCUGAUUGGGACCAAACGUUGCUUAAAGAAGAGGCAGUUAGAAGACUAGAAGCUGCUGCGAAAAUAUUUUUGGAGGAAUCACUAAUUUUAGCCAAAAAACUGCGUCCCAACGGCAAAUGGGGCUACUAUCACUAUCCAUACUCUUACACUGAUGGAUCCCAAGACUCCGUAUCCCAAGAGGUCCAAAGUGAAAACGACAGCCUUGACUGGCUCUGGAAAGCAUCAGACGCCUUCUACCCUUCGGUUUACGUACGAAACUGGCAAUCAUUGGAAUAUCAAGUGAAAUUUAUUGAAACCACUUUGGAGGAAGUGUUUAGAGUUAAAAAGAAAUUUAAUAAUGACGCAGGAGUGUUUGUUUAUUUGACUUAUAUUUAUGGAGACUCCAAUACUUUUAUACCAAAGGAAAACAUGUCUGCCAUACUGGCUACGCUUGCACGUUAUGAUGUUGAUGGGGUAAUAUUAUGGGGCGCAAGCGCAGAUGUCUGCUCUAGGGAUAAGUGUAACCAACUUUAUGAAUAUAUCGAUAAUGUGUUUGGACCUAGUAUGAUAAGUAUAUGAUCAGUAUUAUUCGCAAUAUAACAAUAUACCAUGAAA